AUGACUGCUAUCUUCCAGUCUAUCUGCCAGGGCCAACUUGGACUCCGGCGUUAUGGACAGCAGCUGCGCGCUGUUGCCUCGAAGCGCGACGGAUCAGGCGGGAUACUCAGUUGGGGUACUACUCCAGCUACAUCUAGGCCAUACCGAUGCCCAAGUCGCUUCCAGGCGAAUCCUGACUAUCUGACAGACUUCAUUACUGAAGACAACGGGUCUCGGCUCAAGCUUGUCACGCAACGUAGCACACCAUUGACUUUGCUCACCCUGCCUGAGUCUAUCCAGGACCGCAUCUAUAGCAUGGUCGUACAUCCCACCGAGUGUACACCCAUCGAUCUCAACCACGACAAGAAAUUCAAAUGCGGGCUCGUCCACGUUAACAGACGCUUAUACCGCACUUGGCGCGACAAGUUUUUCUUCGAAAACAAGUUCGUGUUAACUAUGACAACAAGGCAGAUGCGCACGACAUUCAACGACUUCAACCAUCUCCGCACCUUCCUCCGCAAGACCUACAUGCCCAAAUCGACCUACUCAGCUGGAGAGCCAGAUACCAUCACCGCGAGGAUCGUCACCCGGGACGAGGCGCAUCGGCAGCCCGGCCCCUCGUACGUUCUUCGAUUUGAACUCGACGGCGCAGUCUCGCUGGCCGAUGUGCGUAUCAAUGCGUUACCACUCGUGAUGGAGACGUCGACUACGCAAGCAUCAAACACAGUCACAAUCCAAAUUUGCACAACCCCCGGCACUGAGGGACCAGCAACCAUGACUGCGUCUCAUACCAUGACACUCCACCAACUGCGACUUAAAAUCGUAUUAGCGAUAAUGCACCACGUGUAUUCCAUCCCAACGUUCCACCUCCAUUCCCGGGACGAACUCCCAGAUCUCUGGAUCAACGGCUUCGGAGAAGUCGUGCAAGUGGAGAACGUCGAUGAAGCUCUAGGAGGCGCUUGGGAACCAGCCUCUGAGCUUGUCCCAAUUGGCAACACCGAGGGAGGGUUUGUAGUGUGGAGGCUACAUCCUAUCGAUAUUCAUUAUCGAUCUGACAAAAUCUUAUCGGAGAGGGCGGUUCUUGACGACGAUGCUCAAUUCUUCCCUUUCCGGCGGAAGGUGAGCGAAAUCCUACCCUAUCUCGUCAAGAUUGUUGAUCGGGCGGGACCGUAUGAGGCUGUACUUGGCGGGUAA